AUGGCGACAGCCCCUUCCUUCUGGGCUGCUGGCGGCAACAAGAUCAAGACCGCCGACUCUCCAAACCCCAGGAUCGCCGAAGCGCCGCCGAAGCCCAAGUCAGACCCUCAGCAGAAGAAGGGUCUCGUACUCAAAGGCAUGCCUAACGGUUACACCGCGAACGGCGCGUCGAACGGCACCUUUCCAAAACCUCCUAUGGCCACCAAUGGCAAAAAGGCCGAUUGGGCUGACGACGAUGACGAUAACAGCUUCAUCGCGAAGUUCAUGAGCCAGGAUCCGACGAUUGCCACCCUCGAGACUACCGUCGCCCUGAAAGAAGAGCGGGUAAAGGAGCUGGAGGCAAUGCUCAUCACCAAGACUCUUCGUGUUGCAGAGUUGGAAGGUGCAGUACAGGACAAGGACUACCACAUUGGCGGCCUUGAAGCGGAAGUACAGGAGAAGGAUGAGAAGAUGGAGAUGCUUAAGAAAGAGAACAACGCUCAAUUCCUCCACAACCAGGAGCUCUGGUGCAAGGUAGAAGAGAAGGAUGGCCGAAUCAAGAACCUGGAGGCUGACCUGGAGCAAAAGGUCGAGACCAUUCGCAAUCUCGAGCAGGAGUCAGCCUCGCUUGUCACAGUGCCCACAAACGACACUGAGUUCACUGAGGAUGGACGCAAGAACGAAGUUUCAGAGAGCACCAAAAUCGACGGAACUGAUGUCGUUAUCGAGAUGGAGAUUGAAGCUGAAAAGACCGCGUCUGAGACUUCAGAUAGCUUCGAGAUUGUUGAUCCCCCCGCGACCGAGGAUUCCAAGGAACCCACGGAGACUGCAUCGGCUAAGAGGGCUCGUGGUCCAUCGUUCGGGGCGACCGACUUUCCUAUCUUUGUGACCAAGGAAACGCUGAAGGUUGUUCCUCCGGCCCCGAAGCCCAACACCUUGAUCUUCCCGAUUGACAUGUCCAAGUACGGGAAGAAGUCCACCGCGUCACCUACCACGAAGGUCGUACUUCCAUCCUCGCCUAUGGCCGAGAAGAACGGUCAUACUACACCCUGGGGCCACUCUUCCAGGCAGGCGCGCGAUAAGACGGGCGCUAUGCCGGAGUUCAACUUUUCGGCCGACAUUCGUCACAUGCCGCACGGUAAGCGUGUCGUCUUUGGCAACGGUCCCGAGGUCAUCGUUAGGCUUGGAGAUGUCAAACUGGCGACUAUUACCAAGUACGUUUUGAUGCAGUGCUCAAGCAAGGCCUUGAAAUACUUCACCGAGAAUCCUGACGCCUCCUCCUGGGUUCUCCCCGCCGGCUCAAUGAACACUGACGCUGCGACGGCGCAUCUCAAGUGGAUGGAUGAGAUGACCUAUCAAAGCAGGAUUUACUCUCUGAGGCUUCAGACUGAGCAGGUCUACGACAAGAAGAAUAUCCAGAUCUGUCGCGCUGCUCGCGUCCUCGGCCUGAACAACAUGUACGUGGCUCAGUUCACCAAGCAGUUCUGCGACCGCAUCCGCGCUCAGGAUGUGUCGUACGAUUUCAUGAACCUUGUUUGCCAGCUUGCUUAUCCGGAUAAUGAUCCGGUUUUUGACUGUCUAGCCAACAACCUUGUCAACCAGAAGAAGGUUGGCAACGCAACGGGUGCGGCUGAUCUGGAGAAGCUGGUAGCCAAGUAUACGCUUCUGAAGGACAAGGUCAACCAGAUUGAGAAACGGAUUGGCGGCCGUCCGCGCAAGACUUGGAAGUCGCCAGAGGGUAGUGUGCGUGGCGGUAGCAAUGACCGCAGCGGCGGAAAGGGCGGUAAAGGUGGCAAUGUCGGACAGUCUGCGCCUAGCAUUGUUCAGCCUGCACCUGGCAACAAGCCUGUUGCUCCAGCAGCUGGGGAGACACUGUUUACCACUCUCCAUUAG